GCGGGAAAAUUCUUGUACGUGUCAGUAAAAGAGCAUAAACAGCUGGAACGGAUGGAACAUUAACUGUCUAAAAAGUGACUGACUACUAUGUUGUAAAGAAGGUCUACACCGCAUAAACUGUUAUUUGUGAAUCCUGGUCGAAAUCAGUUUAAAAUUUAAAAAAAAAAUGGUUCAAAUAGUCAUAUCAAGUAAUGCUGGUGAGGGUCCAGCUGAAUGGCUGCUAGUGGAGCUGCAGGGAGAAGUGAUGUCAAGACAGAACACAGGAUUAGCUGGACAUCUGAUGGGCGACCUUCAUUACACAAAAGAGGGUGUUCCAGUCCUUAUAGUUGGACAUCACAUCCUGUACGGCAAACAGGUCAAACUGGAGAAGCCCUUUGCUGUUCUGAUGAAGCACUCGGGACUAUCUAAGGAUGCAGAGGAAACUAUGGAAACCAACCAAGAGAAACCAACAUCUUACACUGUCUCCGCCCUCAUCAAAAAGAAACUCAUCUUUAAAAACCGACCCAAACCUAUCAUCACUAAUGUGCCGAAGAAAGUGUAGCAAUUUCACAACUUUCAGACUGACUGAUCGGCACAAAACUCUAGAACUGCUUCACAGACAUUCAGAAGUCAUACUGCUGGAUUCAAGUCAUCUCUUAACUCUUUGAAAUCACAAAGGACGAAAAGUCGUCUUAUUGAGUUUUGAUGUAUACUAUCUGAUCACAGUAUAAAUCACUGAAUUAGGUUUCAGUAGUAUUCUUGCCAUAUGUGAUUUUAACAGUCAAACAGUGGUUGAAUAUAAGUUGAUUUAUUGUUGACAGACGAUGCUCUUAUGGUUGUUUAUUGAAGAAUAAUUACAUUUAUUUGCCACUAAAGAAAUGUUACCUGCCAGUUGAAUUAAUAAAGAAACAAGAAACCACACAUUGAAUUGAAGUUUUA